AUGGAUACGAGUUCUUCAAGCCAAGACGCGUUCGGAAUUUAUACAUUACAACACAACAACAGGGUCUACACCAUCCGAGAUAUGGAUAGACCUAGACAACGUGCGAUUUCGGCAUGCUAUCACUGUCGUCGACAGCAUCGUGGAUGCAACAACUACAGACCAUGCAAUAACUGUAGAGUACACGGCUAUGAUUGCAACAAUAGUAGUAAUGAACCUUUUUCAAGGGAUUCGGUUAUUGAACAAUCUUCGAGUUCUUCUAUUGCAUCAGAUGGAAACCAACCAGAAGAUCAGCCAUCUCAAAUUAACGAUUUCCAAUCUAAUUCAGAAGAAUUACCGAUGGGAAAUACGUUACAGGGCAACGAUCUCUUACUGCCAAUUAGAGUUGAUGUAGCGGCAGCGCAAUUUAAUAAUGCAGAUGAAGAACAAGUUAGGGCACAACUUGCUGACGUAAUGGGGAUGCAACCUAUUGAUUCUGUUGACAUAGGGAGUGCACAAUUUAAUAAUAUCGCAAUGGCACAAGCAAGCUCACUACACACUACAG